AUGGACAACCUCACGCCCUCCGAUCUUUUCUCGCCGUCAAAAGCCCGCCAGCAACGCGCCCAAGCCCAGGACUGGGCGCACAUAGAUUCAUGGCUGUCGUACAAGUACUCCGGCCGCUCCGUGCCCACCUUCGAGCGCAACGAAGAGACGCUGAAAGUGCUGCGCGAACUCUCAAUGGCAAAUGAGCGCGCAGACGAGGACCGCGCGGUCAUAGAGCGUGUAGAGCGUGAAGCACUCAAGGAGCUAGACGAGGUAUUUCGCUUCAUCACGCCCUUCGUAGACGAGCCCACCAGCUCACAAACGCUGCUGUGCAAACUAAAAGCCAGCCUGACGCCCGAGGGCGAACAAGCAUUGGUUGCACUCGCAGGCACAGCCGUGGCGCUCAACACGCCGACUGCGAGGCCGGAAAACAUCGCGCACACGCUGAUCCAGCAUACGACAACGAGCCAGAAUCUGACGAAUCAACUGAGUCAUAUUGAGACGCUGCAGACUUAUUUGAAUAAACAACACGCUGUUCUACGUGCUCAACUUAACGAACUAGGCACGAAUCCCGCACUCACCGCUCCGUCCUCGCUCCAGCGCCAAACUACCGAACAAGCACGCCAGACGAAGCACCUGCGUAGUAAAAUCCGCGAGUACGAAGAUAAGCUGUCAUCGCUGCAAUCGAACCAGUCGCGCAGCAUGACGCCGGGGUCGAAGUACAUUGGGUCGGCUGAGGCGAUUGGCGAGAUGUUGGAGCAGCAGAAGGCGCUGGAUGAGUUGCGGGAGCGGGUGGAGGGGCUGGAGAGUGAGGUUGGGGGGUUCGCGGGGUUACCGGCAGAUAAGGAGAUGGCGAGGAAGGAGGUGGGGAAGUUAGAGGUUAGGUUGGACGAGGUGCGGAGGAGGAGGGAUGAGUUGUUUGAAGGAUUGGUUGGGAAGUGA